AUGGACGAAAAGGACGCUGAGAAAACUGCUUUCAUAACUCCAUGGGGAACCUAUUGCUACAGGGUCAUGCCAUUUGGUCUUAAAAAUGCUGGGGCAACUUACAUGAGGGCUAUUACCAUCAUGCUUCAUGACAUGCUGCAUAAAGAGAUUAAAGUAUACGUCGAUGACGUAAUCAUCAAGUCUAAAACACAAGUUGAUCAUGUGCAAGAUCUGAGAAAAUUCUUUGAAAGAGUGCGAAGAUAUGAUCUCAAGCUUAAUCCAGCAAAAUGUGCAUUUGGAGUUCCAUCUGGAAAACUUCUAGGUUUUAUUGUCAGUAGAAGGGAAAUUGAAUUGGAUCCUUCCAAAAUAAAAGUCAUUCGAGAUUUACCACCUUCGAAAAAUAAGACCGAAGUCAUGAGUCUACUUGGGAGACUUUUGAAAAAGGAUGCUGCUGUCAAAUGGACUGAGCAUUGUCAACAAGUUUUUGAAAAAAUCAAGGAGUAUUUGUUCAACCCUCCCGUAUUGGUCCCGCCUGAACCUGAUAGGCCUCUCUUUCUUUAUCUUUCAGUGACAAAUAAUUCAUUUGGGUGCGUUCUCGGUCAACACGAUUCCACAGGCCGGAAGGAGCAAGCUAUCUACUACUUGAGCAAGAAAUUCACUAGUUAUGAGGUCAAGUACACCAUCUUGGAAAGGACAUGUUGCGCCCUAACUUGGGUAGCUCAAAAGUUAAGGCAUUACCUUUUAUUCUACACAACUUACCUCAUAUCUAUGAUGGAUCCUUUGAAGUACAUCUUUCAGAAGCCAAUGCCAACUGGCAGACUCGCAAAAUGGCAAAUCCUGCUCACUGAAUUUGACAUUAUAUAUGUCACUCGAACUGCAAUGAAAGCUCAAGCUCUGGCAGACCACUUGGCAGAGAAUCCAGUCGAUGGCGACUACGAACCAUUGGAUACAUAUUUUCCAGAUGAAAAGAUUAACUCAGUUGAAGAAGUAGAUCCAGAUGAAAAUCAAGCAUGGCAAUUAUACUUUGACGGAGCAAUCAACAAAAAGGGUACAGGGAUUGGGGCAAUUCUCAUAUCGCCUACAGGGCAGCAUUACCUUGCAACAGCUCGACUUUGUUUCUUCUAUACAAAUAACACAACAGAGUAUGAAGCUUGCAUCAUGGGUCUAAAUAUGGCAAUAGAUUUAGGUGUGCAAGAAUUGAUUGUGCUGGGAGAUUCUGAUUUGCUUAUUCGACAAGCUCAAGGUGAAUGGAAAACUCGAGACCUCAAGCUUCUUCCAUAUAAACAAUGUGUGGAAGAUCUUAGCAAAAUGUUUAGGUCCAUCGAGUUUAGAUACAUCCCCAGAUUUCAUAAUGAAUUGGCAUAUGCCUUGGCUACUUUGGCCUCAAUGCUUCCAUAUCCUGGAAACACUUGCAUUACUCCCUUGGAGAUUCAACUUCGGGACCAACAUAGCUAUUGUAACACCGUGGAAAUAGAAUCAGAUGGUGAGCCGUGGUACCUAGACAUCAAGAAUUUCUUGCAAACAGGGAAAUGUCCCGAACAUGCCAAUGGAAGCCAAAAAAGGACUAUUAAACGUCUGGCUAGUGGUUUCUUUUUGAGCGGGGAAGUUUUAUAUAAACGCACCCCGAAUCUGAACUUGUUGAGAUGUGUGGAUGUUGAAGAAGCCGAAAAGAUCAUGAAUGAAGUACAUGCUGGGGUAUGUGGACCACACAUGAAUGGAUAUGUCCUUGCGAAAAAGAUACUCCGAGCAGGAUAUUACUGGCUUACCAUGGAACGGGAUUGCUUUCGCUUUGUGAAAAAAUGUCAUCAGUGUCAAAUUCAUGGUGAUCUCAUUCAUUCGCCUCCUUUAGAGUUGCACCCCAUGGCUGUUCCUUGGCCCUUUGUUGCAUGGGGAAUGGAUGUCAUCGGACCAAUUGAGCCAAAAGCUUCCAAUGGACAUCGAUUCAUUUUGGUCGCAAUUGAUUACUUUACUAAAUGGGUGAAGGCAAUCACUUUCAAGGCAGUCACUAAGAAGGCGGUCGUGGAUUUUGUCCAUUCAAGCAUCAUUUAUCGUUUUGGUAUCCCGAGAACUAUCAUCACAGAUAAUGUUGCAAACCUUAAUAGCAAUUUGAUGUAG